UUAAUAAUAAAUGAAAAAUGCAUAGAAUCUAGACUCUAUUAUAAAUUAAAGCUAGAGAAUAUCCCAUAUAGAUUAAGAUUCUAUCUGAAUCUGCACUCUAAGAAUAGUCUCUCGUCUAGGUCUACUUUAGAUCUAGUUAGAUAUUUAUACCAGAUCUAUAUCAAUUAAUAAUUGUUAAUAUUAUAUGUCCAAUCUGUCUAGUAUUACUAGAGUAAUAUAACAUAAGUUGAAUUACACAAAAAUAAAAUGGAAAAAGAUUUGAUGAAAAAAAAAUUCGGUCUUCCUCCACUACCAAAUUUGGGCUCUGGUCCUCCAGGAAAAAGAAACAUGAUACGUAAAAAAGAUUACAGCCCUGUCUACUGGGACAAGUACUUUGAUCAUAAGAAGGACUUAGUAACCUCCACUGGUGAUACUUUCAGAAUAUACGAAAAAGGUAGUGAAGGACCUGUUUUAUUCUUUCUGCAUGGAGGAGGAUUCUCUGCAUUGUCUUGGGCACUUUUAUCAACUCAUGUUACUACAUUAGUCAAGUGCAGAUGUGUGGCUGUAGAUUUGAGAGGUCAUGGAGACAGUGUGACAAGUGAUGAUACCAAUUUAAGUGCUGAACAAAUGUCAAGUGAUGUUGGAAACAUCAUUCACAGUCUCUACAAUGAUGACCCCCCUCCUGUCAUUCUAGUUGGACACAGCAUGGGAGGAGCCAUUGCAGUUCACACUGCUGUCAGACAUCUUGUAUCCACAUUGAUAGGCCUGGCAGUCAUUGACGUUGUUGAAGGGACAGCCUUGGAAGCCCUAACAAGCAUGCAGUCAUUUUUGAGGGGGAGGCCAAGAACAUUUGAGUCCAUGGAUAAAGCAAUUGAAUGGGCUGUUCGAAGUGGACAGAUACUGAACCUAGAAUCGGCACGCGUUUCUAUGGUUGGCCAGCUGAAAAGUGAAUCUUCUAAUGAAACGGGGGCAGAAGAGUUGGAGCAUCAGCAUGUUAGCUGCAGUGACACCAUUGAGGAGGAAGAGGAUGAAGAUAAAGCUUCCCAGGCAUCUACUGUGGGCCAGUUUAAGAAGCCUGCAGAUCCACAGUCUAUGAGUACUCACAGAUACACCUGGAGAAUAGACUUAUCAAAGACUGAAAAGUUUUGGCAAGGAUGGUUUGAAGGAUUGUCCCAAAAGUUUUUAUCCUGUGAGGCACCAAAAAUGCUGAUCUUGGCGGGCCCAGACAGACUGGACAAAGAUCUGACCAUUGGACAAAUGCAAGGAAAGUUUCAAAUGAACUUGCUACCUCAAUGUGGCCAUGCAGUACAUGAAGACGUGCCAGAUAGGGUUGCUGAUGUCCUGGCCAAUUUUAUGAUCAGACAUCGUGUUGCAGAAGCCAUUGGUAACUUUGAAAGAUCAGUUCCAGGUUGUUAAAAUGUCAAUGUUAGAGAUCUGCUCAGCCCUGCAUUAAACAGAAUUUCAAAGACUUUUAUGAUGUGUGUUACUCAUGUGAUGUAACACUUUCUUUAAAAAAAUUUUUUUUUUUAUUUUGAAUGCAUUUUAGUUUUAUACUUUAGUUUUUAUGAGAAAUAUUUUGUACUUGUUAUUCUUUAGGGUUUGUGAGUGCAUGUAAAGCUGGAUUUCAAUUCUAGUGUUUUAAAUUUCUGUAACUUUAUAGGCAUUGCUUUAUCUUGAACAUAAUAAUUUUAUCUAACAUUUAUUUAGUUGUUUUUUUUUUAAAUUAAAUAAUCUGAGUUGUAGGAGUUAAUAUGAAUCAUUUAUGGUUGAAAAACAAAAUUACCCCUUUCAGACCUUGCAUUCUGUCGGGCAGAUGAAGUUAAGGUCAUCUGUUUCUGUGGCCCAUGGUUAAAGAGGGUAUCAAGUGGCCAGAGCAUGAUGACCAACCACACUUUGUUUUCUCCAACUGAUGUCAGGUACCCAUUAGAAUUGGGUGGACUCUGGAGCACUCUUGCCCAAAAUUCUAAGUCCCAGUCUUUGCGGGGAUUUGAACUUAAGACCCCCCUCAGUUCAGUAUCCAAGCUCCUUACCACUCAGCCAUCAUACACCAAAACCAUAAAGUACUUUGUAGUAUUAUUUUCUUUCAUUUCCUUAUCAUGCAGGUUGCAUCUUUUAAGUUAAGUUGGCCAAUUACAAUGAAUCAAGAGACCUACAUAAGACUUUUUUUUUGUUUUUAAUUUAUUGUAUAUUGUAAGAUAAUAUCAUCCAGAUGACUAUAAUUUUUAGCUUGGACAAUUGUUUUUCAAACUGUGUGUAUGUAUGUUUUUCAAGCAUAUUUUAUUAUUUUAUUAAUGAUAUAUAUAUAUAUAACGUAAUAUUUGACUAGUGCUUCAGUAAUAUCCAACUAGUCAUUUGAAGAGUUUGAUCAGUAGAAUAACUGGAAUGGGUCAAUACACUUCCAUUCUUACUUCUACUAUCUCAGUGUGUACAAGUGACAUGACUCCCAUACAGAUUCUAUGCAGGAAAAGUCAUUUCCUAGCAUGUAGUACUGGAUAUCUGCUUGGUCCAGUGGUAUGUGCUCUUGACUAUCAUUUUGAUAGUCCCGGGUUUGAACCCAGCCCACCCCGCCAUCCUGUGAGAGGUUUGGGCCAGCAUGUAAUCAUUUUCAGCAGUGAAGAAACAUUUGAAGCAUGUGAACAUUUUCUGUGACUUGUCAGAGAGACAAUGAAAUGUAUGGAGGUAACAAGCGUAAGGUGUGUUUAAAGCAAACGUUAGUUUUAAAAGUUUUGUAUGACAAAGUGUGAAUGUGAUGGACUGACUGCAGAAAUGACAUUGGAUUUCUUAUUAUAUGAGAUUGAGCUUUGUGAAAUAAUCGUUUUGUAUAUUUAUAGAACAGAAGCUAUUUGAUGGCUAAUGAUCAGUUUUUAAUGUAUGGUCAAGUGUUUAUUGAUGUAGUAGUUACAAUGCAUUUCUAGCUGUAUGCCUGUAAUAGUCUUAUUGUUAACUCAAUCUCCUACAGAAGGCAGAUGUAAAGUUAAUUUAAAAAGUAUGCCUGUUUAUUUAUAAUAUAUGUCCAGUCUAACAAGGACUCAUGCUAGAUGUAAUUUUGUGGUUGAGAAUGAAGUUUGUUGUCUGUAGGAACUAUUGGAUGAUUUUUUUUUAAAUGUCCUAAAGUUCAGUAAAUUAUAAUCUUCUGUUUUUUAUUUUCAUGACUACAUUAUUGAACAAUGGAGUGACAAAUAAAAGAAAAUCCUUCAA